AAACAUUGAGUUUUAGUGUGAAAAGCCUAACCCGGAAGUAUAUGUCAACCAGCGUCUAAAGCCAGCUGGUGUAACACGCUGCCAAAUGAAAGUUGUCUAUGUCACCACCAUAAUGUCGGGACACGGACACGGCCAUCACGACCACGGCUGCAGCUGCGAGGGCUCCCAUGAGCCCGCCGAGAGAGGCGUCGAGUACGGCCUGUAUCAGCGGAUCGACCUGGACAAGAUGCAGUGUCUGAACGAGAGCAGGGACGGCGACGGCAGGCUGGUGUUCAAGCCGUGGGACCAGCGGAAAGACCGGGACAAGUACGUGGAGAGUGACGCCGAUGAAGAGCUGCUGUUCAAUAUUCCUUUCACAGGUAGCGUCAAGCUGAAAGGAGUCAUCAUCUCUGGGGAGGACGACGGCUCACACCCGGCAGAGAUACGACUGUACAAGAACAUCCCUCACAUGUCUUUUGACGACACUGGCAGAGAACCAGAACAAGCCUUCAGACUCAACCGAGACCCGGACGCUCAGCUGGAGUACCCAACAAAAAUUGCUCGUUUUUCCAACGUCCAGCACCUGUCCAUCCAUAUCUCCAAGAACUUCGGAGACGAGAACACCCGUAUCUACUACAUCGGCCUGAGAGGGGAAUUCUCGGAGGCUCACAGGCACGAAGUGACUAUCUGCAACUACGAGGCGGCGGCCAACCCUGCAGAUCACAAAGUGGAGAGCAUCAUCCCACAGACCAACUUCAUCUCUUGAAGUGUCACAGGGAAGAAAGGAGGAGGCGGCGGCGGCCAUCGACGGGCACAAGGAUGCUUUUGUCGCCGCCUGCGUCAGCGGGCUGCCGACACGUGACGACCGCCACGCUACAGGCGACGCCCUGAUCCUGACCGAGUGUCGCUUUUCUUUCCUUGGCAGUGAAGGCUUGAUGAACCGGGAUAUAAGACUUUGUAACCCGCCAGUAGUCACGGCUGAAAUAAAACACGGAGCGCUAACGCAUUUCUUUGCUGAUCCAGGGUCAGAUCUC